GUUAUCAGUUUUCUAACACUAGUUACGGUGUCGUUAGCUUUCGUUUUGGUACCUAAUGAGAAGCCAAAACCUAGAUGGGGUCAUAGCGCCGUGCUCUUGAAUGACAAAUUAUAUAUUUAUGGCGGAAAAGUGGGAACAAGUUCGAAAGAGGAUCCUAUGGAUACAAGUCAGAAUUCAAACCAACUUCUUAUCCUCGAUGCAUCAGUACCUUUCACAAUAAAAGACCCUGCGUGGACUUUACGUUUGGUAGGCCCUCGAGUUGCUUAUCAUACAAUCAGUUUAGGUGGAACACAAAAUGAACUUUUAGUAUUAUAUGGAGGGGAAUAUAAUAAUGAUGUACCUAUACCAGCGAAUCCAUUAUUUUACUACAAUACUUCGGAAGAAUCUCCGUCAUGGAUUUAUGCAGGAAUACACCUGUGGUCCAUACAAGAGAACAUACGGUAG